UGUCAGGUCACUUGUCAUAGUUGUCAUUCUGUCGAUUUGUUGCAAUAUUGACGGUUAAUAAUUUAUAUUCAUAAUUUUGCGCGAAAAGUGCAGAUCGUAAAUCAACUUUUCUAUUACAUUUAUAAAGAAAUCAUAUUAUACUAAUAAGUUAAUCAUGUUAACCGUGUAAAAUGAUAUUGACAUAAAAAAAAUCUACUAGAAUGUCGUAUAGAAAAUCAUAUUCACAACCAAAUGAUCACUUCUCAAGAGAAAUUGAUAUCGAAGUUUGUUUGAAAACAUUGAAAAUUUACCAAAAAUUAGAAGGAGAUGUGAAUUGCGUAGUGUGGGAUGCAUCUUUGGUACUUGCUAAAUAUCUUGAAACCAUGAGUCAGAAUAAAUCUGACUUUCUUAGUGGCAUGAAAGUCAUAGAAUUGGGUUCCGGAUUAGGAGUAGUUGGCUUAACUGCAGCUACAUUAGGGGCACAAGUAACUCUAACAGACUUGCCAGAAGCCUUGCCAUUGCUACGAAAAAAUAUAAAUGAAAAUAAAUACAAAAUCAGUAGUAUGGGUGGUUAUGCUAUAGCGGAAGCUUUAAUAUGGGGUGAGACUAGUCCCCUUUUCGAUGAGAAGUAUGAUAUGGUUCUGCUGGCUGAUUGUGUUUAUUAUGAAGAGGCUGUUGACCCUCUCAUAAAUACACUUAAAUGCUUAGUAAACAACUCUCAAGAUCAGCCAAUUGUUUAUUUAACACAGGAACUGAGGCAAACUGAAGCACAAAAGACAAUGUGGACCUCUUUUUAUGAUAAACUAUCUGAUUAUUUUUUUAUUAAACAGAUUCCUGAAGAGGAACAACAUGUAAACUACAAAAGCCCUGACAUACUUUUGUUAAAAUUAAGUAAGAAGUGAUUUAUGCACACAUGAACAGAAACCUAUAAUUUUUAUCCUAUUUUACUUUUUACAUAGCUCAAAUCAAGUCUUAUCUCAAAAUGCCUAGGGUUUAUUUUCUAGUGUAGUUUUUUUAUUUAUUUUGAAAUGA